UGAAUCUGUCUUAGUAAACACGCACACUUUGUCCCUUCCCUUUCUUCCCCUUCCCGUUCCCCACUCCAACUCUUACUCAUUUCAUAUACCCCCAUCUUAUAUUUUAAAUUAUAGAUCAUUAGGUUAGGGGUUUUUUGGCCCAGAAUAUUUUGCAUCCAUCGCCAUCUCCAUCAUCGAGAUUGGGUUUGAGAUUUUGAUUCUUAAGAAUCCAUAAAUCAGGGGAGGGUUGAAGGUAGGGGGCAUGGAGAACGGUCACGAUGGGAAAUUGGCUGAAAAGCUAUCUGGAUUGGCCCUCAACGACAACCACGGCAACAACAACGACGAUAGCUUGUCUCGGGCCGUGAAAGCCAUUGAGGCCGCCGAAGCCGUCAUCCAACAACAGGAAGAAGAGAAUAGUCGAUUGAGGUCCGAACUCCAGAAGAAACUUGAGCUACUUGAAAAAUAUAAAGUAGAAAGUGUUAGCAAUCCAAAUGCUUCUGCAAAGGAAGCUACCAAUACCAUUUUAAAUGGUACUUUCAAUGCAUUUUCUGCUGCUGCUGCUGCUUCUGAUAAUAACACGGGCCCUGCUCUUUCUCAUUUCUCUUCACCCUCCACGGCUACCUCUUUUUCGCCCACCAGGUAUCAGUUAGAAGGAGAAUACAGUUCUCGAUUGCCACAGGGUCUUAUGCCAGUGCCUCAAGUAAAUAAUUCCAAUUCCAUUUGGAAACAGGAUGUUCCCAUCAAGAUUCGGGAACAUGAAGAAGAGAUUUUGCAGUUGCGCAAACAGCUUGCUGAAUUUUCUAUCAAGGAAGCACAAAUUCGUAAUGAAAAAUAUGUUCUUGAAAAGCGCAUUGCCUACAUGCGUCUGGCCUUUGAUCAGCAACAACAGGACCUUGUUGAUGCUGCCUCAAAAGCUCUCUCUUAUAGGCAAGAUAUAAUUGAGGAAAAUAUUCGCUUAACAUAUCAAUUACAGGCUGCACAGCAAGAAAGAACAACUUUUGUAUCAUCUUUGCUUCCUCUUUUGGCGGAGUAUUCCCUGCAGCCACCAGUACCCGAUGCUCAAUCCAUUGUAAGCUAUGUCAAGGUUCUAUUUAAACAUCUGCAGGAGAAGCUUAUUAUCACCGAGUCAAAGCUAAAAGACUCGCAGUAUCAGUUGGCACCUUGGCGGUCGGAUGUCAAUCAUUCCAAUUUCACCCCCCAAUCUCCAUCUCAUUCCCUUGGUCCAACAUUGACAGCUUCGAGCAAAAAUGGUCUUGAAUUGGUGCCACAGCCUGUUUUUUCCCAUGGAAAGACACAGAUAGUCUCUGGUGCUCAAACAGAUUCAAAUUGGGAUCUACCUGGUCAAUACCAAGGCGGCUCAGGUGGUGGUAUUGUCUCAAAAAAUUUGGAACCUGAUGAUUUGGGGAGAUAUUCACCCAUAGCAAGCAGGACUUCUACUGCCAUUGAGAUACCCACACAGCUGGCAGGAACUCAAGGUGACACGAACACUGUGCGAUAUGGUGAAGAGACUAUAAAUAAACAAGUUAAAUUUCUUGUCCCUGUCAGCAAUAGCGAGAUGGAUUAUCCUGAUGCUGAGGGGCAGCAGAUUGAAAGAGAACUUCCCUCCAAUUGGCGUUCAGGAAACUCGCCUUAUACACCUGCACAGGAUGAUCCCAGUUCCUCCUAUCCUCCUUAUCUACCACCAGUACUUGAAGAGCCUUCAUCUUCUUUUUCUGAGGCUGCAGAAGAUGAUCCGCUUCCAGCUAUAGAAGGUCUCCAAAUUUCAGGGGAAGCUUAUCCAGGAAGGGAGCUACAGGCGUGUGGAUAUUCUAUUAAUGGAACAACCAGCUGUAAUUUCGAGUGGGUGCGCCACAUGGAAGAUGGAUCUGUUAAUUACAUAGAAGGAGCAAAGCAACCAAACUAUCUUGUUACUGCUGAUGAUGUUGAUACAUACCUUGCUAUUGAAGUUCAACCUCUAGAUAACAGGAAACGCAAGGGAGAGCUGGUGAAGGUCUUUGCUAAUUACCACAAGAAGAUCACAUGUGAUCCUGAGAUGCAAGGCCACAUAGAGAAGACUCUUUAUAGUGGUCAUGCUUCAUAUAAAGUUCUAUCCAUGGCAGGAUUUCUUGAUAUAUGGGAACCGGCUACUUUGGCCAUUAAGAGGGAUGGUUACAGUAUCAAGUGUAGUGGACCCAAUGGUCCUGUGGUCACUGAAAAGUUUUACCCAACCACUCAGAUUAAAAUAACAUUCGAAGAGCCUACAGAGUUUAUAAUUUUUGGAUCAAAUGGUGUGCAGCGUGUGUUACGAGCAGAUAACAACUCUCAAGAUAUUAGCUGCUCAAGAGAUACAAUUGUGCUCACCUUGAGAUUAUUCAUCUUACGGCUUUUGCAGGCUGGUGAGAGAAGAAAAGGAAAGAAGAGAGGUUUAUUCUUUAACAAGUAAGGUACAUGGUACAUUCACUGUGCAGCUGAGUUAGAAACCUUGUUAUUGAAAGAUUUGUGUAGAAUGUAUAUUUGAGGACUGCCUCUCUUUGUUAACUAGUUAACUUGUUGAGAGUAGCUAGCUUUAGUGGUCUAAUAUUCUUUACGGGCAGCAAUGUUGAGUUGUAAUUACAUUUUGUAUCGAUAAUAUCUGUCCUCGUUGCUGUCUUAUUUGGCUUUAUCACUAGACGGUAACAGGGAUAUUGUUUGUAUUCACUUUCCGACCCCUUUGAGGUCAUUUUUAUUUACAGGAAUGGUUGGUCUUUUUUUGUGAUAUAAA